GUUCUGAUUGGCGGUUACACUGAACGAGGUGGUCAAGAGGUUAUCGAUAUCUUCGUCUGUGACUGUCAAUCAUGGCGUCGACAUCAUCGUCUACAGCGCCCUCACACCCCGUCGUAUUCACGACCCAAACGCCCUAUGCACUACCCUCCCAAAAAUUUAUGAUUCCCUUGGACUGGAAACGCUACCAGCUCUCCCAGCUCAUCAACAAAGCACUCGACCUCCCCAAGCCUAUUCCAUUCGACUUCCUUGUCCAUGGCGAGAUCCUUAGAACGUCUCUAUGGGAAUGGCGCGCAGAGAAGGGUGUUGGAGAGGAAGAUACGUUAGAGAUCGAGUAUUUCGAGAGUGUUAUGCCUCCCCAGCGAAUGUCUGAGCUUCCACAUGAGGAUUGGGUGUCAUCGGUAUCAUGCCGAAUACCUCAGCACUUUGUAACAGCAUCAUAUGACGGCCACCUACGUCUCUUCGACUAUUCCCAAAAAUCCGUCCUGGACACCUCCGUGCACCAAGCACCCAUCACUUCCGUUUGCGUCGUGCCAUCCUCGUCAUCAGACACUGACUCUCGCAUUUUAGCGAGUUCGUCGCAUGACCUCACCGCGUGUCUCACGCGCAUAUCUCUCAGUUCAGAGGGCCCCAGUGCAUCCACCGUCGCUUCUCUACAUCUACACACCAGCCCAUUGUCCUCCAUAUCGACUGAUGCAUCUGGUUCGCAUCUCCUCACCUCUUCGUGGGACGGCCUCAUCGGUGUCUGGGACACCUCAAUACCCGAUGACCACCAAGUAUCUCUAGACCGCAAUGAUGACCGAAAAAAGCGGCGUAAGACCGCGCCCGCGAACAUAAAACGGAAAGCACCAAUCGCAGUGCUAAAAUCACAUACCGCGCGCGUGUCAAAAGCACUAUUUGCUGCCGGUGAAUCCGCAAAAGGUAAGGCGUACAGCUGUGGUUUCGACUCAACGGUACGGACCUGGGAUGUCGAGAGUGGUGUGUGUAUUGAUACUAUUAACGUCCCUGAGCGACCGAUGCUCGAUCUCGCUGAAACCCCUGAAGGGAGCGUGCUUCUCGCUGCAUCUACAGAUCGCACAGUGUCUAUCUUCGACCACCGCGUAUCUUCCCUCUCAUCCUCCACAGGUGUCAUGAUGCACCCCGCGACUCCAUCCUGCAUCGCCACAUCUAAAAGUGGGAAGCAGCAGGUAGUAACCGGCGCCUACGAUGGCGUUGCGCGGCUGUGGGACCUGCGGAGCACAAAAGGCGCUGUUACCAGCUUCAGGGUGUGGGAUGGGAUGAAGGUGCUCGCGGUGGAUUGGGUAGGGGAUGUGGUGGGUAUUGGGGGCGAGGGCGGGAUGGAGGUAUGGAGACUCGCUGGGGGAUCUUAGGUCGGGCACAGAUCCAAUGGUUUGGAGUUGGGUCAAGUCACUUGAGUCUCGAAGCUUGUUAUCCAGAAAAUAAAAGCAUGGAGCAGAGCAAUAUAUAGCGAGAUCUCGCAUCCUGACUACUAGUAGGGGUUGAACUUCACUAUGUUAGUCGCUCAGUUGUUGCGCGCGUUGUCGCAAACGUCCCUGAGGAAAGGAAUAGUAUCUAGCGUGCAUAAACGAAGAAAGGCAUCCUCUGUCGAGCGCGACGCACGCUUCCGAUUCGAAUAAUUCGGGCUCUAAACGUCGUGUGGCGUACAUA